AUUGGUUGCCCACUUGGCCUGUUAUUAGUCACUCAGUCUAUCAGUCGUUUUUGUACGCCGUUACGAAAGGAUCCUCGGCUCUUUAGUGGUUAUCGCACCUGAAUUUGCUACAGCUCUCAUUAGUUUCCGAGUUAAAAUGAGUGACCAUCAAGUAAAAAAAGCGAAUGUAGAAACACACAUGGAAACGUUGCCACCACCAUACAUGGUAUCAACUUGGUGCCAAACGAAGAACCAAAUUACUACAUUAGAUUUUGAGUGGACCAUCAAACGACUAGCUUUUGUAGAAUCUUUUAAAGACUGGGGAGAGUAUCGUUCAUCUGAGUUUUCUCCUGAAAAAACCGGUGAUCCGAAAUGGAUUCUGCACUUCUCUGAUAUGGACCCCGACAUAAAAAUCGAUCUGGAUAUACCUUCUCAAAAAGAAACAGGUAGUCCUGUCAGAGUGAAGAUUGCAAUUUCGAAUAAAAACCGUGAAAAGAUUUUCCCGCAACAACACUAUUUGCCAAAGCAGACAAGUUUACCUUAUUGUGUUUUUCAGAUAGAGAAAACAUCUCUAGUGGAAUCUAAUUGUUUCGUAAAUGGACAACUUAUCAUCUACUGUGAGAUUGAAAAUUUAAUUCCAACCAGGUUUGUGUUGUCAGGCAAGUCGUCUACAGAAGCAAAUUUUCAUAAGAAGCCAUUCAACAACAGCGAUCAACUAGUUGCUCACCUAGAAGAACUCUACGAAAACAUGAAGUUUUCUGACAUCACCGUGAAUGUCCGUGGACGAAAAUUUAAAGCUCACAAGAACAUUUUGGCAACAAGAAGCACAGUUUUUGCCGCUAUGUUUGAACAUCCAACUAAAGAAAAUUUGACGAACCAAAUCGAAGUUGAAGACGUCGAGCCAGACGUGUUCAACGAAAUCCUCCGCUUCAUCUACACUGGCCGUCUGUCGGAAUCAACGAUGGGGAAGAUGUCUGCUGGAAUACUUGCAGCCGCUGAUAAAUAUCUGUUGGAACAGUUAAAAAUAGAAUGUGAGACUCAAUUUAUUCAUCGAAUGUCGGCAAAAAAUUGUCUGGAAUUACUUGUAAUCACCGAUGAAAACCAUCCAGCGUUUAAUUUGAAGAAGUAUGCGGUCGAAUUUUUUCGUCGUUUCUCAGGCGAAGUGAUGGCGACGGACGAAUGGGAAAAGGCAGAACAAAGUCAUCCGGAGCAGUGUUUCAAGAUGCUGAAGGAGCUUUUCAAGUCUACUGUUUAAAUAUCUUUCGAAAAGAAUGCUGGUUAUCUGUUCUCGAGGCAAGAACGUAAAAGCAUAUAUUUAAUUUCUUUCUUACGUUGAAAUCAAGAAGCUGUAAUUUUUUAUGUUUUGUUUCAUCAUGUGAAUUUUCCAAUCAGGAAUACAUUACAAAGAUAUUGAA